CACUUUCAGAUUCUAACUAAGUUUCCUUAAGUAAAGAUAAACAGUUUGUUUGGAAGAUGUUGCACGGAAGGUUCACAAUUGCUAUUGUUUUACUUGCCAGUCUUCUGGUGGUCAGUGCCCAGAAUAGAAAUUGCGGACAAAAUGAGAAAUACACAACCUGCGGUACUGCUUGUCCGGAGACAUGUACUAGUCCACCAAAUCGUGUUUGUACUCAGCAGUGCAUCAUAGGAUGUGAAUGCAGAAGUGGUUUUGUUCGGGGCAGAAAUGGGAAAUGUAUUCCACGUUCGCGUUGUUGAGCAGCAAUGCUUACAGUACUUGUGAAAAUGUGAAUGAUAUAAUUAUUAUGAUAACACUAUAUUAUUUGUUAAAGUACAUCAGUUAAAAUAUAAUAUAAACAGU